GCCGAACCUGAAGUACCCUAAUGAGCUUCAAAAAAUAACCCACAAAUCAUUGGGAGUCCAUCUGGUGAUUUUCGGUAAAUUUAUUAUUUAUCAAUACCCCACCACAUUCUUAGUUUGCACCGGGAUGCACAAUAUUCAGGAACAAUCCUGUUCUUUUUUAUUUCAGCCUACCUUCAUAUUCGAAGCUUACCUCGUGAUCGAAUCUUGCAUUCCAACUUUCAACCAUGUCUCUUCAUGGCUAUUGUGGUUCAUAUUCCAUACAACCAUGGACUAAUGGUAGUAUUGGACUCUGUUUCCUUGAACUCUACGUAUCCAUCCCUGUGGUAUUACUUUACUUACUUGUGACCAUCGUUUACUGUGUACUGUACCGACUCGAUGCUGCUUUCGAAGCUUUCCCCUGCAAGAUUUUCUGGUUUCGUAUCACUAUGAUUGUGUGUAUUCUGUGCAAAGGAAUUGUGUUCGUUAUCCUCGGGUAUUUUCUACCACUCCUCAGCGAUGCGUAUGCCGCAAAUGCCAGUUUCGAAAUCGUUCACAACGCAGUCUCAAUGUUUUUGUGGCUAGUCAUGUUACUUUACGACUUCUUCCAUGGAAAAACCAUGCACUAUUCUUCUCGGGGUCCGCUAUUUCACCUGAUUCUGUCUCUCAUCUACUUCUACACCUGUGUGCUGACAGCGUGGUCUGUAUUCCAGCAAGUUCCAGAUCCAUGGCGAGUUUAUGCAGUUACCUCUCGAAUACUCCACCUUUGUUUGGUGACUUUUCACCUCGUUACAAAGGUUCCUAUCUCUUAUAAUUUUGAAGAACCCAGACGUAGGAAUGCCAGAUUGACACGAACAGCUCCGAUAACGGAAGUUGCCGCUGUUGUUGCUGGUUCGGGAGAUGAGCCUCUAGAUCAGUCUGCUGAUAGCCAACCUUUGUUGUCAGGUUCUUCAACCGUUUUAUCCGUCGAGUCACGCUAUCCUUAUAACAGAUGUCGAUUGCAUGGCGAAGAGAAUGCGAGCUGCCUUUCAAAAGUAUUUUUCCACUGGAUGAGUCCCACCAUCAUCGCGGGCUACUAUGGAGAGCUAGGUGACAUAUCCAAACUCCCUCCAUUGCCUAUACGUCUGAACACAAUCGAGUUAGAGUCUAAGAUAGCAGCGGAUCAAAAGCUUUUCGGGAACAAUAAUGGGGAUGAAUCUAAGAGCUCUGUCAGAAAUUCCUGGCCUUUCAUCAAAGUUGUCUAUCGUGUGUUUGGAACUGAAUUCGUUUUUCUCGGCUUCCUCAAGUUUCUUUUGAGCGCCAUCAACUUAUGUUCACCUGUUGUCUUGAAUUUGUUCAUCCUGAGUCUUUCAGACAAGAACUCGAGUUACUCUGUCAGCUCAAUCUGGGGUGGUUUGCUGGUUGCGCUGGCGUUCUUAGCUGCGUUAGUUGGGGCACAUUAUGAUUAUCGUAUGGCCACAUUUGGAUACAAGAUACGUGUGUCCGUUACUAGUCUUUUGUAUCGACGAAUUUUGUCCGUGCGCACCACCUCUCUGAGUGGCAUCGGUACAGGAGGUCUGGUCAACUACUUGACGGCGGACGCGGACCGAAUAGUCAAUCUGGCUCCAAGUGUUCACGAGGUUUGGGCCAUGCCGCUUCAAUUGUUACUAGCAAUAGUACUUCUCUAUCAGCAGCUUGGUGUAUCAUGUUUAGUCGGGGUCGCAUUUUUACUGAUUCUGCUCCCAAUCAAUCGCCUUUUGGCCAAUCAAAUCGGGAAAUAUUCCAAGCGACUUAUGCAUUUCAAAGAUGCUCGAAUCAAGCUCAUGUCUGAAACGCUGUCAAGUAUGACCGCUGUCAAACUGGCUUGCUGGGAGUGGUUGAUGCGCUCAAGAAUUUUGCAGUCACGAUCUCAAGAACUUCGGGCUCUACGUUUCCAAAAGCUGUUAGACGCUGGUUGCGUGUUCUGCUGGGCAGCUUGUCCUGCUCUCUUGGCUAGUUGCACGUUUGUUACCUACGUCUCAUUGGGUAAUCAACUCAGCGCUCCCAUCGUAUUCACCAGUCUUUCCUUAUUUGGUAUGCUCAUUGGACCUAUGAACGCUUUCCCGUGGGUCAUCAACGGCGUCAUCGAAGCGACCGUCUCUGUACAACGAAUUAUCCAUUUGCUCCAUCUUCCCAGUGGUCCGUUCCCACCAGAAGUAACAACGGUCCCGCUGGACGACUUGCAUCCUCCCACACCAUCGCGCAAACCAACAACAUCGAUCGACCUGCACAACGCCAGAUUUUAUUGGUCCAAUCCUGAGAAGCCAGUGCUCACCAACAUCACAUUAUGCAUUCAGAAGGGUCAGUUGGUCGGCGUGGUUGGCCCAGUGGGAUCUGGCAAAUCUGCUUUGCUGCUCGCUAUUUUGGGUGAAAUGAACGCUUUGGAACCUUUGAUAGAGGUCGUUGGUGAGAAUCAAUUGAGACAGAGGCCGCACUACGCUUAUGUCGGACAGACACCGUGGUUGUGUACUGGAACAGUGCGGGAUAAUAUAGUUUUCGGUGCUCCUUACGAUUCGCUCUGGUUGUCAAAAGUCGUUUUUGCAUGUGCCUUGGAGACAGAUAUAACUACAUUUCCCCAUGGCCUUGAUACCGAUGUUGGUGAAGCCGGUGGUAGCCGGUUGAGUGGCGGUCAACGUGCUAGAGUAGCGUUAGCCCGAGCGGUCUACCAGAAAGCGGACAUCUACCUUCUUGACGAUCCACUGGCAGCUUUGGAUGUGCAUGUGGGCGAACACAUUGUGAAACACUGUCUGCUCGGCUUGUUGGCUGACAGAAUUCGAGUUGUUACUUCACAUCAGACUAUGUGGCUGACACCUGAGGAUGGUCAUUCGCCAGCGGACGUAAUUUUGGAGUUGCAAAGCGGUCAAAUUGUCAACCGGUUCGUCCCACGCGACACACCAAAGGUUUCUUAUCCGAUCGCCCAGAUGCCAUGUACCAGUGGUGUUAACGUACCUAUGGUUGCCCAGGACGGGAAACCAGGUACACAUGAAGAGAUGCCGAACAUUCCUAAUGGUGUUAUACUUCUUGAUGCGAAUAUCGGCACCACGGGACAAGGGAGUGGUAGAGAAGUGUCGGAUCUUCCACUGCUAAAUCCACAAGAGAACGACUCGGAAGCGGUCGACUGGGAACGUCAGGCUUUCGGUGCCAUUGACUCCUACGUUUACUGGUCCUAUUUUCGUGCUGUUGGAGCUUUUCUCUCCAUUGGCGUAUUGCUCUCACUAUUCCUCAUGCAAGCCUCGCGGAACGCCUCUGACUGGUGGUUAUCUCACUGGGUUCAGGUGUCUUCCUCUCCAGCACACCGUCAUCACUUUGGUCUACGAAACGUCUCGGUGGUGCGACUGGACUCGUUGUUCUUUUCGCAGGUGAUUCGAUUGCCACAAAGCAGUGUUCCGAAAAUCUGGGAUUAUUUUACUCCUGCUAAGAACUACUCGUUCGAGGGUUUCUACCUAUCCGUUUACGGAGGAAUUGUUGGUGGUCAUGUCAUAGCCACCACCUUUCGAGCAGUGCUUUUUGCUCUGGGAGGCCUAGCGGCCGCUGCCACAAUCCAUGAAGGCGCCCUGGAUACGAUUCUACAGGCACGCGUUUCCUACUUUGAUCGAACCCCUCAAGGUCGCAUACUGAAUCGUUUUUCCGCCGAUGUUGGCACGAUCGAUGAUUCGCUCCCGUUCAUUCUGAAUAUUUUGCUUGCCAACCUGGCAGGUCUUCUGGGUGUAGUGAUCAUCGCUUGCAUUUCACUACCUUUUCUGUUCUUUCUUCUCCUUCCCCUGGUCUUCAUAUUUUGGUCAGUUCAACGCACUUAUCGUGGAGCCGCACGGGAUCUGAAGAGGAUCUCUAGGACGACCGAGGUCUCAAAUUCAAUCUGGAAAACUCGAAAAUCUUGGCAUACGGGGACACGAGGCACAAGGGAAUUUCCGGAAGCAUUGUACCCCUCGAUGGACUUGAUCAACCGACGCAUCCAACUAGAUCCAGUUUACGAAUCACUACGAGCAAAGUACCAAUAUUUCAACCGGAAUACUCAGCGAGAGCCGAAUAUCGGGUUGACAAACCAAGAAACUUCUCGGAGUCGGAUCAACAAAGAUCACGAACUGAAACCCAGAGAGGUCAAAGACAUGGAUCACUCCAGUACCGACCAGAGUACGAAAGUAGGGGAAACCAAGUUCAAAU